AUCAUGAACCCACACGGCUAUCCCUCACGUAUGACAGUGGGUAAACUCAUUGAACUGCUUGGAAGUAAAGCUGGAGUCUUAGAGGGGAAAUUUCAUUAUGGAACAGGUCAGUGUGAUUUUAAAUGAAAAUCUAUUACUAACUCAAUUAGGUUUGAAAGAAGGCAAAACUUUUUUAUAUGAUACAGUUAUGCUACAUUUGUGUGGUGAUAAUAGACUUAACUAGAGUAUUGAAGUGAUCAAAUUGAUCAUUUAAAAUCUGGUCCUAAGAUGCUGAAAAGAAUAGGAAGCCUGUGUCACAAUGACAGCGUACUUGCCUGAUAAUCUGCUAGUACCAGUUUUGAAUGAGUCGAGGCACCUGCUGCUGUGAACAAAUAUGGAUGCAAAUGGAUUGUCAUUAAGACCGCUACUCAUGGGAAGAAGGAGAACGCUUGAGUUUUUAAAAAAAACCUGAACCACAAAAGGUGGAAUAAAGCAGAACUUUGAUUAAAUUUCUCACUACCAAAAAACAAAACAUGUUAAUACUGUAGGUGCCAUUUUUAAUCAUAGCUACUUAGCCUGUGUUCAGUUUUCCCAUUAUUUUGUUGUACCCAGUCACAACAUUCAUUUUCCUACAGCUUUUGGUGGUUGCAAAGUGGCAGAUUUAUCUGAAACUCUUAUAGAGCACGGUUUCAACUACUUGGGAAAGGACUUUGUGACAUCGGGGGUCACAGGGUGAGUAGUGCAAUCAAUAGCUUUGUCUUAUUUGCUCUGUCAUCUAAUUAAUCUAUUGAUCUGUUGGUUGACACACUGGACAAAGUUUUUUUUAGAUUGUUUGAUUAGAUUUUUUUUUAAAAUUUGGUAUACUAAUUGAGUACUUUGAAAAUAACUGUACAAUAUAAUUGGACCACAAAAAAACCCUUUUCACAUGAAUUUAUUUGUGCAUCAUAACAAUUAAAUUUGUUUUUUAUGCAGUCUUCUUAAGCUUUGCUUAUUACAUAAAAUUAAAUUGUUUUGUUUACUUUCAUUUUCAACUUGCCCAUAAUGGUUUACAAUUUUUCCAGAGAGCCAUUGUCUGCCUACAUCUACUUUGGACCUAUCUACUAUCAAAAGUUGAAGCACAUGGUGGUAGACAAAAUGCAUGCUCGAGCCAAAGGUCCUAGGGCGGUGCUUACUCGACAGCCAACAGAAGGUAGAUCACGAGAUGGUGGCCUCAGGCUUGGUGAGAUGGAGAGAGAUUGUUUAAUUGGAUAUGGUGCCAGGUGAGAUGGAUUUAAAUCUUAUUUUAUUUUUAUUAUGUUCCUUCUGGUGGUUGCAAAGUGGCAGAUUUGUUUGACCUUUGAUGCAGAUUUGUUCUCUAUUUUUAAAUAUUUAUUUUUAUACCCUUGAGAAGUUCAAGUCUGUGUUAGUGUAAGUCAGUUAUCAUGAUAAAUUAACUUAAUGUUACCUUAACAACCUUUUGUUUUAGUUUUAUUUAAUGUAUUUAAAAUCGCAUGUAGAUAAUUAAUAAUACAAAAAAGAAUUGCUGUAAACCUUGAAUGAUUUAACUGUUUGAUUAUUUUUUGUCCUUGCAGUAUGCUGCUGCUGGAGCGCCUGAUGAUCUCUAGUGAUGAAUUUGAAGUGGAUGUUUGUGGGCAAUGCGGCCUCAUCGGUUACUCUGGCUGGUGAUUAUCUCAAUUUCUUAACUUCAGUUAUUAAAUUAUUAUUUCUUUUAAAAUUAAGACAAUGGAAGUGGAGAUUAUUAAAGCUUUUGAUUUUAUCUGGAUAAUAUUAAAUAAAUAAAGGACUGUGUUCAAGCUAUGUGAACGAAAUAGCAUAAUAAGGGAUGUGGAAGCUUGAAAUGUAAAGUAAAGACAGGACAAUAAAAGAAAAAAAAUUCAGCCAAAAGCCUUCCUUAGCAGACAGGACAAAUGAAGAAACAACAAGAAAUAGAACAUUUUAUUUGCCUUUUUUUUUAAACAAAUUUAUUUCACACUGAUAUUUUUGAAAUGGUUUAUUUAAAUAAUGAUUUCAUUUAAUAAAUUUAUUCUAUUCAAUUACUUUGAUGCUAAUUAAAUUCUUUUAAUUUGGUUAAGUUAAAAAAUACAACAGGAGGAUAUCAUAAUAAUUAAAAAAAGAAGCUGUUCAUGAAAUGAUUAGAAAGUAGUACUACAAGCAAGUUUAUUUAAUAAUUUUGUUAUGUUGCUAUUAAUACUAUUUGAACUAAUGUAUGUAAACUUUGCUGUGCCAGGUGCCAAUACUGCAAGUCCUCUAAAGAUGUUUCAACUCUGAAGAUGCCAUAUGCUUGCAAGCUGUUAUUCCAAGAGCUUCAGUCCAUGAACAUUGUUCCAAGAUUAUCACUGAAACGUUAUAAUGAGUUGUAGUAGUUUGUCAUUUUCUGGCAUUACGAGUAUGAGCUAUUCCAAGAAAAUUUAUCGUUUUGUAAUUAUAGCAGAAAUUAUAGCAUACAUUGCAGAAUGAGAUUAUAUGGGUUAGGUUUUUAGAUUAGGUGUAUUGUCAAAACAAAAUUUUUAAGCAAAUCGGUAAAAAUAGUAAUUUUAAAACGAAUUCAUAUUUUGUUGUGAUUGCUAAAUUUGAAUUAUUAAAACUAACAUACACAAAAAACAAACUUUUAAGCCAUUGUUUGAAUAAAAUUUCAAAAUAAAAGUGAAUCUACUGUAUACAGGUACUUAAAAAUACACAGAACUGGGAACAAACAAGUUGGCCAACAAAAUAUAAUUUUUGCCUUGGAGUUUUUAAGAUUUGAUUAACAUAAUUGAUGUUACAUAUUAUUUUUCUUUUAAAUUUUGCAUAGUCUGCGCACAUGUCAUUUUUUUAUCCAGUUAGUUGAAGUUAGUAAGAAAUUGUAAUCGCCAGCUGUUGUUAAGUUUAAAUAUUUUAAGUUAGCACUUUGAGAGCAAAGUGUCUGCUGGCUUUAUUUUACUGGACUUGUUUGAAAUGUAUAUAAUGAAUGAAAUAAGUCUAACCAGAACGUUUCAGAUAUAAAUCCUAUUUAUUGAACAUUUUGAAAUUCUUUUGUGUCUUAUUUAUAAUUAGUCAAUUGAUUUAUUUUAACUUUAACUUGUCUCUUUUAAGAUUUCUGGUAACAGUGCCUGUGAUGCUUUUCUAAACAGGUUUUUUUUGGUGAUCUAAUCAGUGGAGUAACUUGGGUUAAUGACAGUGGUAUAACUAGUUUUGUUAGUGACCCUCGAGGCCGGCCAAAAAUUUUGCUCUCGCCCUUCCAUGAAAAAUACUCUACAUUAGGUAAAAAAUGCCACCCCUCAAUAAAAAAAAAAAGUGUAGACACA